UGCAGCUGGGCCAACUCGGAGGCACAGGCGGCGGCGGAGCGCGGGGCGCCAGCGGCAGGUUCAGUGGCCGCAUCAUGCCCGAGCCCACCUCCAGGCAGCCGCCGUGCACCGCCGGGGCCCCGGCCGGGGAGGAUGCCAGACGCCCAGGAGAGACCAGGGCAGCGGUGGCGGCGCAAUGGUGGUGACAAGCUCUGCCCGAGGCGGCGGCGGAGAGGACCGCGCGCCCUCCCGGCGGCGGGACUGCGGACUCGCGCCGGCCGGUGCGGCGGCACUGCUGGCCGGGGCGAGCUGCUUGUGCUACGGCCGCUCCCUGCAGGGCGAGUUCGUGCACGACGACGUGUGGGCGAUCGUGAACAACCCCGACUUGCGGCCCGGCACCCCACUCCGCUGGAGCAUCUUCACCAACGACUUCUGGGGCAAGGGCAUGGCCGAGAACACCAGCCACAAGUCCUACCGGCCGCUCUGCGUCCUCACCUUCAAGCUAAACAUAUUUUUGACUGGCAUGAACCCAUUUUACUUUCAUGCAGUAAAUGUAAUUUUGCACUGCCUAGUGACUCUUGUGCUGAUGUACACGUGUGACAAAACUGUCUUCAAGAAUCGUGGACUUGCUUUUGUUACGGCGUUGCUUUUUGCUGUGCAUCCAAUUCAUACUGAGGCGGUGGCUGGAAUUGUCGGCAGAGCUGAUGUGUUGGCGUGCCUGCUGUUUCUGUUGGCUUUUCUCUCCUACAAUAGGAGUGUGGACCAGUGUUGUGUCGGGGACUGUUUCCCGUCCACGGCUUCUCCCUUCUUCUUGCUGCUUGGUUUGUUUCUGGGGACCUGCGCAAUGCUGGUGAAAGAGACAGGCAUCACAGUGUUUGGAGUGUGCUUGGUUUAUGAUCUCUUUUCCUUAUCGUGCAAGCAAGAGAAAUCGAGCAAUGGGGUCAUCCAUCAGCGCAGCCCGCAGCAGCCUGGGAGCCCCCAGCCCUCCUCACUGCCAGCGCACCCGCUCCGGGAGAAUGGGAGGCAGCAGCGGUUCCCUCACAGAGGAGCGUGGAGUGGCUGCCACUCCCCAUUGCCACCAGAACCCAAGAGCAGUGGAUUCCCGGUGUCUCCUCGAGCUGUGUGGUCCAUGAUGAGGUAUCUGACAGCAAGCAGUAAUAGAAAUUUCCUGCUUACCAUGAGGCCAUUCUUAAAAAGGGCCAUUUUGGUCAUAAGUUAUGUGAUUGUUGUUUUGUACUUCCGUCUGUGGAUUAUGGGAGGAUCUAUGCCCCUCUUUUCAGAGCAAGAUAAUCCAGCUUCAUUUUCGCCUUACAUUCUUACAAGAUUCCUUACGUAUUCCUACCUCUUGGCCUUCAACAUGUGGCUCCUGCUUGCCCCUGUUACCUUGUGCUAUGACUGGCAGGUCGGCAGUAUCCCUCUGGUAGAAACCAUAUGGGACAUGCGGAAUUUGGCCACCAUCCUCCUGGCAGUUGUGAUGGCCUUACUGAGCCUGCACUGUUUAGCCGCCUUCAAGAGACUGGAGCACAAGGAAGUUUUAGUGGGCUUGUUGUUCCUGGUUUUCCCAUUCAUUCCAGCCAGCAAUCUCUUCUUCAGGGUGGGCUUUGUGGUGGCCGAGAGAGUCCUUUACAUGCCCAGUAUGGGCUACUGCAUCCUCUUCGUGCACGGACUGAACAAGCUCUGCUCUUGGCUAAACCGGUGUGGGGCCACCACGCUGACAGUGUCCACCGUGCUGCUGCUGCUGCUUUUUUCUUGGAAAACUGUGAAGCAGAAUGAAAUCUGGCUGUCAAGAGAGUCCUUAUUCAGGUCUGGAGUUCAAACCCUGCCCCACAAUGCCAAGGUUCACUACAACUACGCCAAUUUCCUCAAAGACCAAGGUCGGAACAGGGAAGCGAUCUACCACUACAGAACAGCCCUCAAGUUGUAUCCACGCCAUGCAAGUGCCCUGAACAACCUUGGAACGCUGACGAGAGACAUGGCAGAGGCAAAGAUGUACUAUCAGAGGGCUCUCCAGCUAAAUCCACAGCACAACCGGGCUCUGUUCAAUCUUGGGAACCUGCUUAAGUCCCAGGAGAAAAAAGAAGAGGCUAUCACUUUACUGAAGGAUUCCAUUAAAUAUGGUCCAGAGUUUGCAGAUGCUUAUUCAAGCUUAGCUUCAUUACUGGCUGACCAGGAGAGAUUUAAGGAAGCUGAAGAAAUAUACCAGGCUGGAAUAAAGAACUGUCCAGAUAGCUCAGACUUACACAACAACUAUGGAGUUUUCUUAGUUGAUACUGGCUCCCCAGAGAAGGCUGUGGCCCAUUACCAACAGGCCAUCAAACUGAGCCCAAGUCACCACGUGGCCAUGGUGAACCUCGGCAGACUCUACAGGUCUCUGGGAGACAACAGCGUGGCUGAAGAGUGGUACAAACGCGCCCUGAAGGUGGCACGCAAUGCUGAGAUAUUAUCACCUUUGGGAGCACUGUAUUACAACACUGGCCGCUACGAAGAGGCUUUGCGGAUUUACCGGGAAGCUGCGGCGCUUCAGCCCUCUCACAAGGAACUCCGCCUGGCCCUGGCUCAGGUGUUGGCCAUGAUGGGUCAGACCAAGGAGGCCGAGAAGAUGACCAACCACAUCGUGUCAGAGGAGGCUGGCUGCCUUGAGUGCUAUCGCCUGCUGUCAGCGAUCUACAGCAAGCAGGAGCACCACGACAAGGCACUUGAUGCUAUAGACAAGGCUCUCCAGCUGAAACCAAAGGACCCAAAAGUUGUUUCUGAACUUUUUUUUACAAAAGGAAACCAGCUAAGAGAGCAGAACCUUCUGGACAAAGCUUUUGAGAGCUAUAAAGCUGCCGUGGAACUAAAUCCAGAUCAAGCCCAGGCCUGGAUGAACAUGGGUGGGAUCCAGCACAUUAAGGGAAACUAUGUGUCUGCAAGAGCUUAUUAUGAGAGAGCCUUACAGCUGGUUCCAGACAGCAGACUGCUGCAGGAGAAUCUUGCCAAACUGGAUCGCCUAGAAAAACGAUUACAAGAAGUUCGAGAAAAGGAUCAAACGUAGCAGCUUUUGACCUACUCUGGAGGGACAGUUCCUGGUGCAUCUGGCGGAGGAAGAAGUGAUAGAGUCUCUGCUGCCACAUUAGUGGGGGACACCCAAUGAGGCUUUCCUUUCUCUCCCAGCAGAAGGUGGCACAUUUGGGGGCACUUUCUGGUAGCCCUGCGCUGAGAGGCUUGCAUUUCCUUGGAAAAAAAGACAGAAAGAGCAAGCAAGGGCAAGGAGAUCUGAGAAGGAAGGAAUACAACAGCUACACAUUUUACAGAUUUUUUUUUGCUUUAACUCCAGAUAUCCCCCCAGAUAUUUCUCUACUGUUGCAACCCAGACAUCUGGUUCUUUUUGCAGUUUAAACUUUUAUGUCCCAGAAGAAUAGAAGUUGUAAAUGCUAUGAAGGCAGAGCAUUGCUUCUUCAUGGAAUAUUUCAAAGAGGAUAAAUUCUCAGAUAAGCCAUUUGAGAAAUUCUACCAAGAGGUGGCUCAUUUAAUUCUCCAGAACCAGAAAGGAGUAUCGAAUACUUACUAUAGAACCUUCUAGAACAUGUGGAAAAGGGCUGUUAAGUGAGCUGGAUCCAAUAUUCCCAUAAGCAUAUUGCCAGCGCCCUAUUGAGUAGUAAACUAAAUUCCACUCUGAUGCAAACUUUUCUCAUUGCCUAACAUAUCAAAAAGGAAGCUUCUGGAAUUGUGUAUGGAUAUUCUUAUCCCUAGGGGAAAGAAAGUCAAGGAUCUUGGUACCUCUAAUUCUUUAAGGAAAUUUUAAAAUUAUUUUAAUUUUAUUGCAAGUAUUACUAGAGUAGUGGUUCUGCUCUAUAAUUUCAAAAGUGCUUUUAAAAUCAUAAGUGUUUCUGCCUCCACAUAUAUUGUUAUUUUGGUGGCAAAAAAACAGUAUAUUCUACAUGAAAAUUAUUAAAGAUAUUAACUGAGAGAAAUGUUCUACUUUAUUAUCUUAACAUUUAGACAUCAUUAGAUUUAUUAUUUUUUUGAAAAAUAUAUUUAACCAUUUAAGAAUCUUUACAAUGUUAUCACAGAAAUCUUCAUAGACUAACUAAAUGGAAAGAGAGCUUUAUUGAUUUGUCUUCCUAGACUUAAUGAGAAUUCUAUACUUAGAACAUGAGUGAUGAAACCCAAAAUUCUUGAUUCUGCAUCUGUAAUUUUGGAUAAUUUGUGGAAGAUGCUCGAAAAAUCUAGAAAAAAUCUAAACCCAUAACCUUAAAAUAUAUAUUUAUAUUUAGUAAGGAAGGCAAAGUUGAACCUAUGAAUCAACAUUUGUUUUUUAGUGUUAUUUAUUUUAUAACUUAUAAAAUAUUUAAUAUAUACACAGUUUUUUCAUUGUACAUAGUGGUUUUAAUAGUGGCUUUUUAAAAACUGAUCAUACAAAAAUUAUAAAUCUAAUUUACAAAGCAGUUAAGUUUUAACAGCCAGCACUUCAAAAAGUUGUAUGAUUAUUCACUUGCUAAAGUCAAAGAAAUUAGGGCCCAGCCUUCAGUGUUUGGGUAGUAGUACAUUUUGGUAUAUAUUUUGAAUUUGGAACACCUGGUUUUAAUUUGAAAAAUUUUUUUUAAAAAGCUCUGGUUAGUGCUAUUCAUGGUACUGAGCCAGGUUCCAUAGACAUAUAGUAUUUUGGAGGCACACAUAUUUCCCAUGUGUAGGCUAGGAUAUGGUUAAAAAACACACACAAAAAAACACCUUCAUAGUUUCUUUUCAACCCAGUAUCAGGAAGCUGUGUCCCUACAUGUUUUUAGGGGCAACGGGGCAGAGGUCAAGGUAAAUCUAGAUAAAAGGAAAAAACAAUCUUUAGAAAGUGAUAAUGUAGAAAGAGAUAUGUAAGGAAUAUUUUAAAUGUGAAGAAUUGCAGAAAUUGCAUUAGCAUACAUCUGUUUGCAUGCAUCAAUAAUCCAAUAGUAUUUAUAUUAUCACUAUGAUCUUCUGUUUCUAAUACUCUUUAAAAGUUGUAUAUCAUAAGUUUAUCCAAAGUUUUAUUUAAAGUAUUUCUCUUCCCCUUCAAAUAUAUUUUUAUAGUACUAAGGCCAAGAAAGGUACUACAGUGUAUUUGAAUAAUGUGCUAUAUUAUACUCACCCCCAAAAUGAAUAAUAAGCUCUAGCUAAAACCAAUAUCUAGGACUUUAAUCACAAGUUUUUAGGAUCAUCUGUAACCAAAACUCACACUUAGAAAGUUAAUGGGAAGACUGAGCCCAAAAUUUUGAAAAGCAAUUAUGCCUUACUUGAAGUGCUGCGGAAGCUAUGAGAGUACAUUUGUAGGAUUAAUUGAAAUGGCAGUAACAGACUAAACAUCUCUGGGAGAAAAGGGUCACAUGGCCUUCAGGAGCCGUCUCCUGCCUUCUUUUGGGUGCUCCCCGCCAUCUAUGUCUGCUUCUCUCUCUCUCUCUCCCUUGUUCCUCUGCCUCCUUUCUAUUCCUCUCUCUCCUUUUCUCAUUCUGCACACACUGACAUCUCUUUGAACAUCAAAAUUUAGACCUCUUGGCAUCAGAUAUUUUCUGUCAUGAAUUAAUACCAUCACUGCAAUGUGGCCAAUUAAAUAAUUUUUAUAGUUGAAAUGGUGCCUAUUAGAAAAUAAAUCACAUAUUAUUUUUUCAAAGAUAUUAAGUAUAUUUUGUAACUAUUUUUAUUUGGUCCUUGUAACAUGAAAUAAUAUGUGGAAUCCAUGCUUAUCAAAGUGAAAGCUGAGCACCCCAGCCAGCCAUGGAGCUGCGUCCAGGUUGCCCUCCAGAAAGCACGAUUGGUACGGGAGUCAAUAGCUCCUUUCUGGGAUGGCAUUGCAGAGCCAGCUUAACGGACCUGCCACCUACACUGCCCUUAAGGGUUGUGUGCUCAGAAGCACCUUAUAUUUGGUCGAAUAGCUGAAAUUCCUAAUAUUUUAAACAGGAGUCCUGCAAUUUUAUUUUGUACUGGGUCCUUAAAUACAUAGCAGGUGCUGGGUAGGAGGUUGGCUGAGGACGAGACAGGAGUUGCUUUAGUCUGGCUGAACAGUUGAUCCAAUGAUCAGAGUUUCUGUUGUGACUGUUACUCUGAGCAUAAUUUUUAAUUUUUCCUCAGCUUCAUUAGUGUUCCUCGUGUACACAUCUCCUCCCUCCUACUGCCAAUCUGUCUAACCCAUCCUUCAGUCCUACCUAGAACCAGUUAGUUCUCUCUGCCUUCGAAAUCCCCGUAAGUGGCAGCCCUUCAACAUGUCCUUUGACGUUGGAGCCAUAGAAUGGCUUUACAAGCUUAUUUCAACCUUAAGAAUUAUUCAGGAUUUUAAAAAAUGAUUCAGAUGUUUUCAAUAUGUUAAUGGCACUUAUAAAACUUGGUUCAGUGAUAUAACACAGGCGAACUUUAAACCAAAGAUUUAAAUACCUUGGAGGAAAAGAAAUUUUGCUUUAGAAAAUCCAGAUUCUAACACGCAGCUAGGCUGGAGAACUACCACAGGCUAACAACUUCAAUGGGAGUUUAUAACUUUUACAAAAUAGAUGUUUUUAAUUUCUCACAGAAGAGAUGCUUAUAAUCUUUCACAAUUUACUUUUAAAUCUUGACCAAAAUAAGCCAAAGAAUUUUAAAGGAUUGAUUUUUGGCACAAUUGCCAGAAUGGUGGAGGCCACCGUUCCUAGGGUGACAAACAUGGUCUGGGAGGAGUGGUUUUGCGCUUGCGGCAAUUGGGCUAUAAUUCGACCUAUAAUUACAGAAUUCUUAAUUCUAAGGUGGACAGGGUUUGCCUUGUCAUUUACAUCUACCCAGACAAGGUGGUUGGAUAUAAAAUUCAUAUUUUUUUAUGACUCAAAAGUGUCCAUAACAUAGUUUAUUCC